AUGGAAAAUUCUGAAACUAUGUAUUGCCGCUUGUGUGCUGAACAAAAGAACGCUGCUGAUAUAGUUAAUCGUGAUAACAUCGUACAGAAUUUCGGUGAAGUAGUUUCUAAAUUGUACUUCUUGAACUCACUUUUCAUAGAUUUAUUUAAAAAGGAACAAAUGCUGCCGAAAACGGUUUGCGUAAGUUGUUACGAGGGAUUGAAUAAGGCUUACGCAUUCGUGAAUAAAGUACAAAAAGCUCAAGAGUUAUUAGUUAAUAUAUUCCCCGAAAACAUUGAAAAAUAUGCUUCAUCAGACGACGAUAAGGCUGGUAUCGACGAAUUCUUAAACCCAGCAGAGCUGAGCGGUAAUGAAGACGUAAAACAGGGAUCCAUAGAAAUAGAAGUACCGAUACCAGCACCAGCUAAAGUUGAAGUCAAGAAAGAACCGAAAGAUGAGGUUGAUAAUGAAAGUCAGGAAAGUACAUUUGACAACACCCUAAAUGUCCAAGACCUGUUAAACGCAGCCAUGUGCAAUGUGCCAUAUUCCGAAGUAACAUUAUAUGCUAAAGAAGUUAAAGAUGCAAGUAAAAGAUCGAUAACAUCGUGGAAAGAGUACCCGUGGCUCUGUGCCCACUGCGAUAUAGAAUUUCUGGAUAUAGCAACACUAAGGAUGCACUCGAAAAUGACACACGGCAAGUGUAACGCAUUCGUGUGUAUAGAUUGUGAUAAUUGUGGUACCGGAGACUUUGAAUAUUUCAUUAAUCAUGUUAAGUCGCACAGGAAGAGGCUCAGGAAAAGAUGUUACUAUUGCGAUGAAGUUGUGAAUGAGGAACUACUUCUAGAACACAUUCAAGAACACAUACAGAAGUUCCAAGUACCAUGUAACAUUUGCGGAGAGAUUUUAGACAAUAGCGAAGCUCUGUUCAAACAUCUAGAAGAAUACAACUCGACGAAACCCAAACGGAAACCCAGAAGAAAGAGAGGGACUCCGCUGACCGUUGAAGAUCUAACAUGUGAAUUAUGUAAGAAAGUAUACAAGAAUCCUAAUAGUUUACGUGAUCAUAUGAAAAUACACAAUGGUGAUAGAAAGAGGAAUUAUACUUGUGAUCGGUGUGGAAAAAUGUUCUACAACAAAGGCACUCUAUCAUCCCACAUCUUAGCCCACGACCAAAUCAGGCCUCAUAUAUGUAGAAUAUGCAAUAAAUCGUUCCUAUUCCCAAAUAUGUUGCGACGGCAUGUUGAAAUGCACUCCGGUGUAAAACCUUUCUCCUGUGAACAGUGCGGCCGCUGCUUCAGAUUGCAGUACCAACUUAACGCACAUAAAAUUAUACAUACGGAUUCUAUGCCGCACGUCUGCCAAUAUUGCAAUAAAGCGUUCAGAUUUAAGCAGAUAUUAAAGAAUCACGAGAGACAGCAUACGGGCGCCAAGCCGUAUGCAUGUCAGAAUUGCGGCAUGGAAUUCACGAACUGGUCGAAUUAUAAUAAGCAUAUGAAACGGCGACAUGGUUUAGACACUUCUAAAAAGAAAAUCACGCCUGAUGGAGUUUUUCCUAUAAAUCCACAAACAGGACAAAUAGUUCAACUAAACGAUGCCAGUACGGAAGAAUGGAAAACGAAAAUCAUGGUACCAGGAAAGAGAGGCAAAAAGAAGAUUAUAAAGAAGGUUGAAGAUGUAGCAUAG